UUCUGCUCUGCCUUGAUACAGAAGCCACAGAAAUGAAGCUCUACACCGCAGCAAUCCUGCUCCUCUUCUGGCUUGGUGUCUUCACUGUGCAUGCAGACAAAGGGAGUUCUAGCAGUGAGGUCAUGCGCAAAUUCAAGUGUGUAAAUCUCUCUACAAGGCAGUUGAACAUCCGAAAUCUUGUGAACUAUGAAAAGCAACAAGUACCAACAGAUGCCAUCAUGUUUGUCACUACAGGAGGUAUCAGGAUCUGUGUAAGUACUAAUCAGAAAUGGGUGCAGGCUGCUAUAAAGAGAAUAGACGAAAGAUGUGCUGCCAAACCCAAAUAAUCCAAGCUUCUAUGGAGAACCAGCUGGAAUCAUCAUCAAUGCUGCAAGAAAUAAAGAAAAUCUUACUAGCUACUUUUAUUUCCUUGCUUUUAAUAAAUGGCAAUAAACUCUCUGAACAAACACAAACUCACCUCCCACAGAGCUAGAAGAGUGUAGACCUCCAUUCUGAUGGAGAUCAGACCAUUCUGCGUUGGGUGUUGGUUUUAAGAAGGUGCUGUAUAAUCGAGUUAUUCACCCUCUUAUGCGACAAACCUGAGACAACCGGUUUGCUUUUCCCAUUGCUUUUCUUUGAAUAAGAACAAACCAUGGCUGGAAUCAGUAUU